AUGCCGCCGCAGCCAAAACCCGAAGGUCACGACGUGUUCAUAAGCUUCCGGGGCUCCGACGUCCGGCACACGUUCGUGUCUCGCCUCCGCGCCGCGCUCCGCCGAGAAGGCGUCACGUCGUUCGCCGAUCAAGACAUGCCACGUGGCCAGGAUUUGACGGAAGCGAUCCCACGUGCGAUCGAGCGGUCGAGGGUCUCGGUCGUCGUUCUGUCCCGGAACUACGCCUCGUCGGAAUGGUGCUUGGACGAGCUGGUUACCGUUAUGAGGUGUUGCAGCCGCGGCGGCCACGUGGCUAUCCCGAUCUUCUACCAUCUGUCACCGGAGGAGGUCUCCGGCUGCUACAAGGAGGACUUGGAUCGACACAAGCGUAGUUUUACUUACGAGAGAGUCGACGGCUGGAUUCGGGCGCUUGCUUGGGUCGCCGGUAUAGCCGGUUGGGUCGUUCCGGCGCCCAGUUAG